UAGACAAUUCUGCGUUUGUUUAUGGUUGAUGAUUGUAUAUCUGGAUUAAUAAGCGCGAAUCAAUAAUUAAAAUAAUAAUUUGUAUGAAACAUAAAAAUGGAUGCAGUUGUAUUGGAUAAUGGUGCGUACACGGCGAAAGUGGGGUUAUCAACUCAAGACGAUCCCACCAUUGUGCCUAACUGCAUUAUGAAGGCAAAAGCUGAAAGACGCCGUGCUUUUAUUGGUACUCAAAUUGAUGAAUGCCGGGAUGCUUCAGGCCUGUUUUUUAUACUGUGCUUCCAAAAAGGAUAUCUACUAAAUUGGGAUAUACAAAAAACCGUUUGGGAUCAUAUAUUUAGCAAUGAAGGUACAGGUAUUUCGCUGGAGGAUCGUCCAAUGGUAAUAACUGAGCCACAACUAAAUUUCGCUAGCAUACAGGAAGCCACCAUGGAAAUACUUUUCGAAGAGUAUCAUUGUUCCGGUGUACAUAAAUGCACAACAGCCGAGUUGGCUGCUUACAAUUAUGCGGCCGAAAGCGACGAAAGUCCAUUGCAAGCACUAAACUGUGUUGUCAUAGAUGUCGGUUAUAGUUUUACGCAUGUAGUACCAUUUGUACGCGGGCGCCGUAUUGAACGUGGUAUACGGCGUAUUGAAGUUGGUGGCAAAGUGCUGACAAAUCACUUGAAAGAACUCAUUUCGUAUCGUCACUUAAAUAUGAUGGACGAAUCUUAUGUUGUUAAUCAAAUUAAAGAAGAUGUGUGUUUUGUUUCUCAAGACUUUAAGGACGAUAUGCGUGUGCACACAUCAGCUGAAAAGCGCUCAAAACUAGUAGUUGAAUAUGUUUUGCCAGAUUUCACAACCGUUAAACGUGGAUUUAUUCGUAAAAUGAGCAACAAAUCCAAUGAAAAGGACCAAGAAGAGGAACGGGAAGGCGAUCAACAAUCCGUACGUUUAUGUAAUGAACGCUUUACGGUACCUGAACUGCUUUUCAAUCCUAGUGACGUAGGAAUACAGCAAGUGGGCAUAGCAGAAGCAGUAAUCGAUUGCCUCAAGGACUGUCCUGUCUAUUCGCAUAGCGAGUUGCUUCGAAACGUGCUGAUAAUAGGUGGUAGUUCACUUUUUCCAGGCUUCAUACCACGUCUAAAGGCAGAGAUACGUGCGCUGGCACCAGAUGAUUUGGAAGUAUCGCUGAUUUUUCCAGAGGAUCCAAUAUCUUAUGGCUGGUAUGGUGGUAAAGAGCUGGCUUGUAGUGAUGGUUUUAAAGAUAUGCUAUUCACCAGAGAGGAGUAUGACGAAAAUGGAUACUCAGCAAGUAAUGGGAAAUAAAUUAAUAGUUAAUAAGCUGUCAAUGUGUCUAUUACUUGAAUUUACUACUUUAAAAUUUAAAUACAGUAUUGCUGUACUGCCAAAA